GGAACCGGGCGGCUGUCAGGCGGCCCCUCCCGCUCGCCCGGCUCGUCGCGCUGGCGUCACGGCGCUGCGCAGACCCGGUCUCCCUCCUCCGUGUCCCCGCCGCAUGUAGCUUCCCGCGGCGUCCCUGCGAAACUCCCCCGUGGCGGAGCCAUGUCGCAGCCCAGCAGCGUCUGCCCGCGGAAGCCCGGCGGGGGCUCGGGGAGCUCCGGGAACCUCGCUGCGGUCGGCUCCGCCAGCCCCGCGGCGGGCCGCCGCAAAGGGCUAAUGGAUGUCCGCGUCGAUGAGGAGGUGGAGAUCGCGGUGAGCCUCGCCCUGGAGCGGUUCCGAUAUGGAGAGGAGAAAGAAAUGGAAUUUCCUUCUUCUUUCACUAGUACUGAAAGAGCAUUUGUUCACCGGCUCUGUCAGUCUCUUGGACUGAUAUCUAAAAGUAAAGGAAAAGGAACAAAUCGAUACCUGACUGUACGGAAGAAGGAUGGAUCAGAACUAACACGUGCAGUAAUGACUUGUUGCUUGGCUCCCAGUACAAAGCAUGCCAUUCGGAGUUUAAUUCGAACUUUUCCUGUCACAAAUAAAGAACAAACAGAACUUCUGCCAAAGACCGAGCGAGGAAAUGUGUGUAUUGAACCUGAGAACAGAGAAGUGAACAAGACAAGUGGACGACUUAACAAUGGUAUCCCUCAGGUUCCAGUGAAAAGAGGGGAAUCAGAGUUUGACUCCUUCAGGCAAUCACUACCAGUUUUUGAAAAACGGGAAGAAAUUGUCAAAAUAAUAAAGGACAAUAAAGUUGUGUUGAUUGUAGGAGAGACUGGGUCAGGAAAAACUACUCAAAUCCCUCAGUUCCUUCUUGACGACUGUUACAAAAAUGGAACUCCUUGUCGUGUGUUUUGCACUCAGCCAAGACGUUUAGCAGCUGUUGCGGUGGCUGAAAGAGUGGCAGCAGAAAGAAGAGAAAAAAUUGGCCAGACAGUUGGUUAUCAGAUCCGAUUAGAAAGCAGGGUUUCUCCAAAGACACUGUUAACAUUUUGCACUAAUGGCAUACUACUUCGCACGCUCAUGGCAGGAGACAGCACUCUAUCAACUGUGACACAUAUUAUUGUGGAUGAAGUACAUGAGAGGGAUAGGUUCAGUGACUUCUUGUUAAUAAAGCUGAGAGAUGUGUUGCAAAAACAGACUAAUUUAAAACUAAUUAUUUCUAGUGCUGCUCUAGAUGCAGAUCUCUUUAUUAGGUAUUUUGGAAGUUGCCCAGUAAUACACAUACAAGGAAGACCUUUUGAAGUUAAAGAUAUGUUUUUGGAGGAUGUUUUACGAAGCACUGGGUAUACAAACAAAGAAAUGGUAAAGUACAAGAAAGAGAAACAGCGAGAAGAAAAACAGCAAAGCACUCUUACUGAGUGGUGUUCUGCUCAAGAAAAUAAUAGCAACCUGGAGUCUUGGAAACAAAGAUCUGUCCCAAGUACAACUGAGGAGUACAAUCUGUUUGAUGAUAGUGGUGACACAGUAUUUAAUCAACUGACUGAAAAAGAUGCGAAUUGCCUUGAACCAUGGCUAAUAAAAGAAAUGGAUUCUUGUCUUUCUGAAAUCUGGUUGCAUAAAGAUAUCGAUUCCUUUGCUCAAGUGUUCCAUCUCAUUUUAACUGAAAAUGUCAGUGUUGACUAUAGGCACAGUGAAACCAGUGCAACUGCACUAAUGAUAGCUUCUGGGAGAGGCUUUCUGAGUCAAGUAGAACAACUGAUCAGUAUGGGAGCAAGUAUCCACUGCAAAUCAUCCAAUGGCUGGAUGGCUUUGGACUGGGCUAAGCGCUUUGGACAGACAGAGGUUGUUGACCUGUUGGAGUCCUACAGUGCUUCAGUGGAAUUUGGAAAUAUGGAUGAAAGUUCCCUGGUCCAAACAAGUGGUAAUGACCUUAGUGCAGAGGAUAGAGAACUGUUGAAAGCUUAUCAUCACAGUUUUGAUGAUGAAAAAGUGGAUCUGGACCUGAUUAUGCACUUACUUUAUAACAUCUGUCAUAGUUAUGAUUCUGGAGCGAUUUUAAUAUUUCUUCCUGGAUAUGAUGAGAUAGUUAGCCUGAGGGACCGUAUUCUUUUUGAUGACAAGAGAUUUGCUGAUAAUGCUCAAAGGUAUCAAGUUUUCAUGCUUCAUUCAAAUAUGCAGACUUUGGAUCAGAAGAAGGUACUUAAAAGUCCACCUUCUGGCGUCCGCAAAAUAAUUCUUUCUACUAAUAUUGCAGAAACCAGCAUAACAGUCAAUGAUGUUGUAUUUGUUAUUGAUUCAGGCAAGAUGAAAGAGAAGUCUUUUGAUGCACUGAGUUGUGUUACUAUGCUAAAAAUGGUGUGGAUUUCAAAAGCCAGUGCUAUCCAGAGAAAAGGCAGGGCUGGACGCUGUCAGCCUGGAGUCUGUUUUCGUCUCUUCAGCAGGCUCCGAUUUCAGAGUAUGCUGGAAUAUCAGACUCCAGAACUUCUAAGAAUGCCACUUCAGGAGCUUUGUUUACACACAAAACUUCUGGCUCCAAGUAAUUGUUCAAUUGUUGACUUUCUUACAAAAGCUCCUGAUCCUCCACCAGCUUUAAUUGUGAGAAAUGCUGUGCAGAUGCUUAAGACAAUAGAUGCCAUGGACCCUUGGGAAGAUCUCACUGAACUUGGUUACCAUCUCACUGAAUUACCAGUAGAGCCACACCUUGGUAAAAUGGUGUUGUGUGCUGUUGUAUUGAAGUGCCUGGAUCCUAUUCUUACUAUUGCUUGCACUCUUGCAUAUCGAGACCCUUUUGUCCUACCUACACUGGCCUCUCAAAAGCGUGCAGCCAUGCUGUGUAGAAAACGUUUUACUGCAGGAUCAUUUAGUGACCAUAUGGCGCUUCUCAGGGCUUUCCAGGCAUGGCAGAAGGCACGCAGUGAUGGCUGGGAGAGAACCUUCUGUGAAAAGAACUUCCUGUCUCAAGCCACAAUGGAAAUCAUCGUAGGAAUGCGAACACAGUUGCUUGGCCAGCUUAGAGCCUCAGGUUUUGUUAGAGCCAGAGGAGGAACUGAUAUUAGAGAUGUUAAUACUAACUCUGAAAACUGGGCUGUAGUUAAAGCUGCCUUAGUGGCUGGGAUGUAUCCCAAUCUAGUGUAUGUAGACAAAGAAAGCCUGGUUUUGACUGGACCAAAGGAAAAGAAAGUGCGAUUUCAUCCUACCUCUGUUCUUAGUCAACCUCAGUAUAAAAAGAUUCCCCCAGCAAAUGGGCAUGCUGCAGCCAUUCAGGCACUCCCUACAAACUGGCUUAUAUAUGAUGAAAUGACAAGAGCUCACAGGAUAGCAAAUAUCAGAUGCUGUUCUGUUGUAACACCUGUCACUGUGUCACUCUUCUGUGGACCAGCUCGAUUACCAAAUAAUGCUUUGCAGGAACCUUCAUCCUUUCGAGGGGAUGGGGUACCUAAUGAUACCAGUGAUAGUGAGAUGGAGGACAAAACAACUGCUAAUUUGGCAUUACUGAAGCUAGAUGAAUGGCUCCAGCUCAGACUGGACCUUGAAGCUGCUGGUUUGCUGUUUCAACUCCGACAGAAGUGGCAUAGCUUAUUUCUGCGUCGUAUGCGAGCUCCUUCUAAACCAUGGUCUCAAGUUGAUGAAACAACUGUAAGAGCAAUUAUAGCUGUUUUAAGUACUGAAGAACAGUCUGCAGGUUUGCAGCAGCCUUCAGGAAUUGGUCAGAGACCGAGACCUAUGACUUCUGAAGAACUUCCUUUAGCAUCUGCAUGGAGGUCAACCAACACUAGAAAAAGCUCAGCAGAAACUGAACUCUCUGAUGACUCCUCUAAUGCUGAAAAAGUUCUAGUGAAAUCUACACCUCCUGCACUUCACCAGCCAAAGAAAAACAAAGAAAAAAACAUUUUGCACUCCAAACGAACUUCAGAUGACAGGUCAGAUCAAUCAUCCAUGAAGUCUACAAACAGCAGUAGCUAUCCUAGCCCCUGUGCUAGUCCUUCUUCUCCAAUAUCUGGAAAGGGUUCAAAAUCUCCUUCACCAAGGCCAAAUAUGCCAGUUCGGUACUUUAUAAUGAAGAGUAGCAAUCUGCAAAACAUUGAUAUUUCUCAAGAGAAGGGUAUAUGGUCUACUAUGCCAAGUAAUGAACGAAAACUAAAUAGAGCCUUUUGCGAGAGCAGCAUGGUUUACUUAAUGUUUUCUGUUCAAGGUUCUGGACACUUUCAGGGUUUUGCUAGAAUGGCUUCAGAGAUAGGGUGUGAGAAAAGUCAAGACUGGGGAUCUGCUGGUUUGGGAGGUGUAUUUAAGGUGGAGUGGAUCCGAAAAGAAAGCAUUCCUUUUCAGUUUGCAUAUCAUUUGCUCAACCCUUGGAAUGACAAUAAGAAAGUACAAAUAAGCAGAGAUGGCCAGGAGCUGGAACCACAAGUUGGAGAGCAGUUGCUGCAGCUUUGGGACCGUAUUCCUUUGUCAGGAAAAAAAUCAACUGAUUGAGCAUGUCAAGUAAUGUGAUAGAGGUAGUUAUUUCAUGCAUUACUUGCCAUUUUUAUGGUAGAGGAAAAGCUCUCUAUAUGCAUUGUAUUGUUACAGUACUGGCUUUCCUUUGUAGUUUGUGGAAGAACUAGUACACUUAAUACUAAAUAUUACCUUCCUUUUGAUUUUUCUUAUUUAGCUGUGGUUGUUGAAAUAUAAUCUAUAACUACUAGAACUAGCAGUGUGUCUAUAAUAUAAAGAUGAGGAAGAAGGUGGUGCAACAAGCUCCUGAGGUUGUUAGCCAUGCUGUGCAGCUAGCGUUGGAAAAAUAAGAGGGAAUUAUUCUGGGUUCAGUAUUUCCUUGUCUUAACAAAUGUCACAACAUUACUCACCAGCCUCUUUUUGACUGAAUUAUUUUUUUACAGUAGUGUACAGUUGAUACUUAAAAACAUGGUUAAGUUCAAAAUUAAGUUUGAAACAAUGGACCACAUACAAGGUUUUCGUGGGUUUAAAAUAGCGCAUCAGACAACUUAAAUAUAGUUUACAUUUAAAGCUUUAUUGAAACAGCAAAAUAUAUGAGAAACCACUGUAAUAUUAAUUAAUAUUGUAGCUUGUAUAAAAUAAAAAAAUUGAGAAUAGAUGUCUCCAAAUAUAUUGAAAGAUUCCAUAAGUGUUUGUUGAAUUUCUGUACGCACAGUGCAAGAGAGGAGGAUAUAUUCAUACAAACAACAGGGCAACUGGAGAAUGUAAAAUUUUAAUUUAAAUAUAUAAGUGAAAGGGGCAUUGAGACUUUAGAUAGUGUCUUGGUCUAGCAGUAUUUCCAGUUUCAGUUAUUUUUCAUCUUUUAAAGGUACUUACACUUUGGCGAGCUGAAACAGUCUUUUAGAGGCCUGCUGCCAAAUUCUACUCUUGUUUGCUAACUUAGGCAUUAUUAGAAGAUUUUUAUUUCUUUCAAAAAAAAACCUAAAAGUACGACUUUCUUCAUCUUUCAAUGUAGUCUUUGUGCCUUCUCUCUAUACCUCUUUUUUCAGUUUCUUUCUUCUUCUAUACUACUAUUGUUUUGUUUUAUUUGGCUUCUCCUUAGUUGUUAAUAUAGUGUACUAUAAAUUCAGUCUGCUCACUCUCAGCCCUAUGUUUUUGGUCAUCUGCUUCUGAGUCUGUACUUUUCCAUGCUUCCAUGUUUUCCAUGUCUGCUAAGAAUAUUCACACAGUUCAGAGUACCCUAUGUUUUCAUUCUUGCAUUCUGUGCCAUGACUUCCAUACUUAAACAGUUGUUUUUGCCUUUGCAAGACUAACUGUGUUCUAGUAAGGCUAGUAUUGCCUAAUACAGUAUUUCUGGAGAUGGUGCGUACAGUGGAGCUAGGAGGCUCAUAUCGCCUUAUAUGAUACUUCCAGGCCUGUGCCCACAAAGGAGUGUGAGGCGAUAUCACCUUCUACAGGAUUCCCGGGCUGCAUGCACAGCCAGGACAGAGCUGGCACAGAGGGGCGGCAGAGGUGGGGUGUCAUGUUUAGUUAACAAGCCCAAAUAGUGCUUCUGCGGGUUGAUAAAGAAGGACAGUCCAGCCAAGGAAUUUGCAUUCCCCAAGGUCGUCGGCUGGUCUGGGCCACUUGUCUGAAGAAGAGGUCCUGACCUGCUGCCUGCCUGACAGCCAUGGUCAUGUAAGUCUUUGCAUGCCCAGACGUUAGGUCUAGCCCAGUAUUACCUGGCUUGCUGUUGUUACGGCCCAGAUAAUUGUACUGAUCAAUAUUUUUUUCAGUACUGUUAUUUAGAGACAAAGUGUUUAUCCCUGAAGCUGUGGUCUGGUGUCUGUUAACAUAUCCUGAACCUGUAAUUUGUUAGGGCUUCCUUAAGCCCUUACACUCUGGUGUCAGAAGUGGGAUACAGUGCACUGCAUCAUGACCAGCCCUGACCCUGCAGUGGGUGCCCUAGUUGAAUAUUUGGGGACCUUGCCCUGCCCCGCAUGUCAGAUUCUACUUUGAUUAGAGAAAAUCAGAAAGACAGUAAUAUGAAGGGAGAAUUACCCUGCUUAUAUCUCGUAGCUCAUUUCCUUAGAGAUACUGAGCAGUGUUUGAAAGCAGCCCAAGCCCAAGUUGACUACCUACGAAAAGAACUGGCCCACACCCAGCAGGAAACGGGCUGCAAUAGAGAAGACUCUAGCCCCUGCCUGUGUUAAAAGCUGUCAGGCUAAUGUGAAGAAACUAUAGCAACACAUGGUCCCCCAUGCAGCAGUACCUGUCUGGGAAAAACUUGACCAUUGUCUGGAAGCUGUGGAAAGGGGAAUUUCUUUAUAUAGAGACCUUGAAGACAGAGAUGAUACUUCAUCCAAUUCAGAUGCAGACAAUGCUGUGUCAGAGUCCUCCCUUCCUGAAGACUUACUAAUCCAACCAGUUGUUAAAACAGAGUAUGAUGCUAUUGGAGGUAUGACAGGUGCCUCUACAUGCUGCUUCAUGAGCACAGAACUAGACAAAACAAGUUGGUGCUAUCACAGAUUUGUUACUGUGGAUUAUUUAACCUGGCUUGCAAAUAUGUUAUGUGACAGGAGAGACACCAUCUCAGAAUGGAAAGCCUGGAGACUCACUUUGGGGUCUGGGAUCCAAGUACACCUUUCAGCAGGAAGUGUGGACACUGUCUUCUGGGCAGCAUUAGCUUAUAUUCAGAGAAGUACGCUGAGAUGACUGAUGACCCCUGGCUAUGCCCUGGGCCAGUCCCACAGAUUUGGAAUCGAGCAUCACUAGGCUGGUUAUCAAUCAUGCUUUAGAAGUAGCCCCUGUGACAGAGGAGGAUCUAUGUGGAUAUUGCCCCAUGUGGCCCAGAGGUGCCCACUACUCAGAAAGGGUUUAAAGUCAAGCACAGCACCCAGCCACAUGUCGGCCCACCUCUUACAAAAGGUAGCUUCUGCUGUGCCCAUUCAUACCUCAAAUCCAAGUAGUUAAAAUGCCCCUAAGCAUGUGUGAAGAAGUGCAGAGAAGAUAAUUAUGAAUUGAGAUGCUUUUAAGUACCCUUGAAACUACUUUCCUCUUCUUCCAUGGUUUGUCAAUGUUUUCAUGGAGAUCAGACUUCAUACAGUUGGUUUAAUUCUAGCAGAUGUUGUAGCAGAUAUUUCAAAACAAGGUUCACAUGAUUUUGCUUGUUUCACAUGUCUUUGUUUUAAUGCUUUUAAUGCUGAUAGCAGUAGGAUAAAUCUAUGCUGACAGUGUAGACAGUUACUUAAUACUUUCUGGUUCUGAGAAGGUGAAAAUCUGUUGUUCAGUUGUACUCUGUCUUCCUUUCCUCUUUGUAUUUUCUGCUUUUUCUCCAUUUCCCAUGAAGUUGCACAUUAGUUCAUGGAUAUGCAUUUAGGGUUGCUAUUAGUAUAUGAGCUCAGGAAUGACCAUAUCAGAGUUGAGCAGUGUCCAGAGAACGGAUCCAGGGGACUUUCCUUGAAGCUACCGAAGCAUCAAAAGUUCAUCUGUAAGGAGAUAAUUAUGCUGGUUUUUAAAUGAUGAUUUAAAAAGAAAAGGUUACCUCUGAUCUCUCUAGUUGUAUGCUCAGUGCCACAGUGUAUCAGUGCUUCCUAAUGACUUCUGAGACCACCUUUAUAAGACAGAGUUAACCUGCAGUUGCUGCUGCCCAUCCUAUGGACUUCUGUCAUUCGGUAACAAUAACAUGGUCUGUAAAUCAGAAGGUAAAUGCUUUUUCCAUAAACGGCAAUAGUGCAACACUUCUAUGCCACAGUCUGCAAGGAACAUCAUAUAGUAUAUUUUAUAUCUAUAGUAUAUUUAAGGGUUUUAUAAUUGAACUAAAUUACUAGAAGGGGUGAUUUUGAAUGAAAUAAUACUGAACAAUGUGAUUCAUACUAAUCUUGUUUUGCUGUGCAUAGUCAUUUGCAGAAAUAUGUUAUUUCUAAAUAAAAUUACAUGUUAUGUCAUUCCUUUCUAAUCUGAAAUGAACAACUGUUUCUUGGUAAUACCAUAGUAAUGCACAUUUCUGAAUUGUAACUUUCAAUAAAUCAGAAUAAAUUA